GAAGAGGUUGCAAAAUGGAAGCUGUAGCGAAGCAUGAAUUCCAAGCUACCGCAGAAGAUGAGCUUUCCUUUAAAAAAGGCUCGAUUUUAAAGGUAAAUCGAAGCUAGAAUGUCUUCCUUGUGCAGACGCCAUUGCUCAAUAUAAACAAGGAUGCCUAUACCGCUUAUAAAUUCCCCCACAGGGGAGCUUAUGAUUUUGUCUCGUUUGGUUGCCGUUUUAGGUUAUCAAAACAGAUGACGAUAAAAAUUGGUUCAAGGCUGAACAAGAAGGGCGGUUGGGACUUGUUCCAGCGAACUACAUCCAGUUGAAACCACACAGGUCAGUAUAGAAUGCAGAUACGUGUACAAGCUCGUUUAAACAUUUUUCUGCUUUGUGGUGUUUCACCGAUUUGAGGUAUAUAGACUACACUCUUGAAGGGAACUCUCCCUCCUGCUUAAGUUAUGCCCGUAGGUCAGCAUGUUUACAAGGGUUUAUGAGAAGAAUCGUUUCAGAUAGAAAACAGCGUAUUUUGACAGAAAAAAAAUUACAACUGCGGUUACUACAUAAUUCGAUCCCUAUCGCUGUAGUCAGAUUGUAUGUUGAUCAUCAAUUCGAUGCACCCGGAACCAAAAAUGUUAUAUUCCAUAUCAGUUCAGAGGUUGAUUUUUUUUAGUUUGAAUCCUUGCGCUCAAGGUUGAAUGUUUAUUUGGGAAUUAGUGUUUAAAGUGACCUUUGUCUCUGCCAAGUUGAUAAGCUGUUAACAUUUUUAAACCUUCACUACUAUAAUGUAAUAGUCAGACUACUGGUACGUUGAAAUACCCGAUUAUCAUAUACGAUAAGAAUAAAACAAGCAAUCUUUUUCCCUGAAAAAAACCUUCCGGAAACUCUACUUUGUUCUUCCUUGUCACCUUGUGAAAUAUGUAAUAGUGCAUUAUAAUAUUCAUAAAUAGAACACUUAAAAUGAAGUAGGUUGUGAUGAGGAAGUGUUAAAUUUUGAGCAAAUGAACAUCUGUCAGUAAAAGGAGUCAAUUACAUCUCUGUAGAGAGAAGCCUAUCCACUGGAGUGAAUUUAAUUUUUUUGUUUCAUGAACAUUAACUAAUACUCACUGUGUUUGUUUGUUUGUGAAAUGUUAUUUUUAUUUCUGGAAAAUGAAAUUGGUGACAUCCUAUAUAUCUAACAAAUGAUUUAUCAUUAUGUAGCAACAAUUCCUAUUGUAUAGCAAAGUUUUUGUUUCAAUUAUGGUUUAUAAACAUAUAUGUGUAUAUGGUAAGCUGUUUGUUGAUCUGUUCCUCUUAAUAAUCCACUAUGAUUUGGAAAUAAAAAACUUUCAGUGAUGAUGUCAUCAUGAACUUGGUUCAUAGUAAAAGUUGUCAUAAUGAAUAUGAAAUUUAGGAAUCUUAAUCCGAUAAAGCCUAGGAGUGAAUUAGCAUCUGAUUUCUCCUUAGCAUUUAAUACUGCAGAGUCAUUCAUUAAAAUCAUGAAGAUAAAGGAAAUGAUCACCAAGUUAAGAAACUUUGAUUGUCGAAAAUCCACUAUCAUUUGGAAAUCAAAACUUUCAGUGAUGAUGUCAUCAUGAAUUUUGGUUCAUAGUAAAAGUUGUUAUAAUGAAUAUGAAAUUGAGGAAUCUUAAUCUGAAAAAACAUAGGAGUGAACCAGCAUCUGAUUUCUCCUUACAAUAAUACUACUGAUUCAUUCAUUAAAAUCAUGAAAAUAAAGAAAAUGAUCACCAUGUUAACCCUUUAACUCCCAAGAACUGAUUACUAAUUCUCUCCUGUAGCUGCUACACAUUUGCUUGUAAAUUAGUUAUGAGAACUUGGUGCUAGAUCAAGAUAGCAGCUUCUACCUGAUAAGUUUGAAUAUUCUGAUCACCUGUUUGCUGAAGAAUGUACAGAUAUUGCAGGGAGAAGUUUUAUGUGAAUCACUUCUGGGAGUUAAAGGGUUAAGAAACUUUGAUUGUCAAAAAUCCACUAUCAUUUGGAAAUCAAAACUUUCAGUGAUGAUGUCAUCAUGAAUUUUGGUUCAUAGUAAAAGUUGUUAUAAUGAAUAUGAAAUUUAGGGAUCUUAAUCCGAAAAAACAUAGGAGUGAAUCAGCAUCUGAUUUCUCCUUACAAUAACACUGCUGAGUCAUUCAUUACAAUCAUGAAAAUAAAGGAAAUGAUCACCAAGUUAAGAAACUUUGAUUGUCAAAAAAAUUCUCCUUGUCUGUGCCUCAGGAAAUGUACAGAGAACAGUAUGGAGAAUAUACAUACUCAUGUUAAGGUAUAAAGUGAUAAGUAGUCAGGACGACAAUGCUGAGGAAAACAUUGAUUGAAAAAUAAAUUUAUAUUUGCAAUUAGAAUUUUGUAAAUGGUUGUAUGUGUUAACCUCCUCUUAGGUUGCCACAUCUUAACUUCAUCAUAACAUAUGUGAGCACUGUUAAGUUCCAAAUGGAACCUAAAAUAAUUUGCCUUUGAGAUUUCUAUUCUUAGACCAUACAAAUCUUGGGGAUUUCACAUUUUGGUUUUGGACAGCUAAGAAAUGUAAAAAGUUUUAAAAUGCUAUUGCUCUGCUCUUUAGAAUUUUUUGUUUUGCCAUGUCUUCUUUGAGGUAUAAAGGCAACAUAUAUAUAGAGGUUGAUUUUUUGUAGUUUGAAUCCUUGCGCUCAAGGUUGAAUGUUUAUUUGGGAAUUAGUGUUUAAAGCGACCUUUAUCUCUGCCAAGUUGAUAAGCUGUUAACAUUUUUAAACCUUCACUACUAUAAUGCAAUAGUCAGACUACUGGUACGUUGAAAUGCCUAAUUAUCAUCAACGAUAAGAAUAAAACAAGCAAUCUUUUUCCCUGAAAAAAAACCUUCCGGAAACUCUACUUUGUUCUUCCUUGUCACCUUGUGAAAUAUAUAAUAGUGCAUUAUAAUAUUCAUAAAUAGAACACUUGAAAUGAAGUAGGUAAGUUAAGAAACUUUGAUUGUCAAAAAUCCACUGUCAUUUGGAAAUCAAAACUUUCAGUGAUGAUGUCAUCAUGAACUUGGUUCAUAGUAAAAGUUGUUAUAAUAAAUAUGAAAUUUAGGAAUCUUAAUCCAAUAAAACAUAGGAGUGAACCAGCAUCUGAUUUCUCCUUACAAAAAUACUGCUGAGUCAUUCAUUAAAAUCAUGAAAAUAAAGGAAAUGAUCACCAAGUUAAGAAACUUUGAUUGUCAAAAAAAUUCUCCUUGUCUGUGCCUCAGGAAAUUUACAGAGAACAGUAUGGAGAAUAUACAUACUCAUGUUAAGGUAUAAAGUGAUGAGCAGUCAGGAUGACAAUGCUGAGGAAAACAUUGAUUGAAAAAUAAAUUUAUAUUUGCAAUUAGAAUUUUGUAAAUGGUUGUAUGUGUUAACCUUCUCUUAGGUUGCCACAUCUUAACUUCAUCAUAACAUAUGUGAGCACUGUUAAGUUCCAAAUGGAAACUUAAAUAAUUUGCCUUUGAGAUUUCUAUUCUUAGACCAUACAAAUCUUGGGGAUUUCACAUUUUGGUUUUGGACAGCUAAGAAAUGUAAAAAGUUUUAAAAUGCUAUUGCUCUGCUCUUUAGAAUUUUUUGUUUUGCCAUGUCUUCUUUGAGGUAUAUAGACAACAUAUAUAUAUAGAGGUUGAUUUUUUGUAGUUUGAAUCCUUGCGCUCAAGGUUGAAUGUUUAUUUGGGAAUAAGUGUUUAAAGUGACCUUUGUCUCUGACAAGUUGAUAAGCCAUUAACAUUUUUAAACCUUUACUGCUAUAAUGCAAUAGUCAGACUACUGGUACGUUGAAAUGCCCAAUUAUCAUCAACGAUAAGAAUAAAACAAGCAAUCUUUUUCCCUGAAAAAAAACCUUCCAGAAAGUCAACUUUGUUCUUCCUUGUCACCUUGUGAAAUAUAUAAUAGUGCAUUAUAAUAUUUAUAAAUAGAACACUUAAAAUGAAGUAGGUCGUGAUGAGGAAGUGUUAAAUUUUGAGCAAAUGAACAUCUGUCAGUAAAAGGAGUCAAUUACAUCUCUGUAGAGAGAAACCUAUCCACUGGAGUGAAUUUAAUUUUUUUGUGUCAUAAACAUUAACUAAUACUCGCUGUGUUUGUUUGUUUGUGAAAUGUUAUUUUUAUUUCUGGAAAAUGAAAUUGUUGACAUCCUAUAUAUCUAACAAAUGAUUUAUUAUUAUGUAGCAACAAUUACUAUUGUAUAGCAAAGUUUUUCUUUGAAGUAUGGUUUAUAAACAUAUAUGUGUAUAUGGUAACCUGUUUGUUGAUCUGUUCCUCUUAAUAAUCCACUAUCAUUUGGAAAUCAAAACUUUCAGUGAUGAUGUCAUCAUGAACUUGGUUCAUAGUAAAAGUUGUCAUAAUGAAUAUGAAAUUUAGGAAUCUAAAUCCAAAAAAACAUAGGAGUGAACCAGCAUCUGAUUUCUCCUUACAGUAAUACUGCUGAGUCAUUCAUUAAAAUCAUGAAAAUAAAGUGAUUAAACUUAAAAUGAUUAACUCAAAGAAGUCUUUCUCCAAUGAAAUUCUGUGUCUACUAGAUAUCCCUUUAAGAUGACUUUGAUAGCUGGCAAUGCAUAGUAGUCAACCCUUCAACACCCAAGAUCUGAUUGUUAAUUCUCUCCUCUAGAUGCUACACAUUUCCUUGUAAAUUGGUUGCGAUAAUUUAGUGUUCAAUCAAGAUAAUACUUUAUUCCUGAUAAGUUUGAAUAAUCUCACUACCUGUUUGCUGGAUAAUGUAUGGAUAUCAUAGAGAGAAGUUACAUGUUGAUCACUUCUGGAAGUUAAAGGGUUAAAACAAUGGCAGCAAAUGCUAUUGUAUCAACAUUGACUAUGUUGCAUAUGACGUGAAUCGGAUAAAGUCAGUACCGCAAAACAACAAUAUCAGCUACCAUAAUUAUUGUUUAUUAUUAAUCACCCUAGCUUUGUUUUUGAGCCAGCUGAAUAAUAAAAGUACUAGUAAAAAAUAUAGAAUAACUGAUUUUAAAAUGCUGAAAUGUCACAGGGAAACACACUACUUACUUAACAAAGAAUAUUUUCAUUAUGCACUUUUAUGUUUUUAGAAAAGCUUAACCCUUUGGCAAAAUUUCUCCUUAAAAUAUCAGUACAAUAUCGGUACAAUAUCAAGCAGACAAGUAAUUAGAAUAAAUGAAAAUAUAAAUUAGAGGAUCAUUGGUUGAUUCAAUCCCAACUUCUCCAAACUAACAUCAUAUGGAUUGCAUAGCAGACAGUAACGAGAAUUACUUAAUGAUAUCUUGGGGAGUUAAUGGGUUGCAUCAUGGUGAAGUCACACAUGCAAAUGAAUUAAAAUCAGACCUUUCUCCCAUGUAGGCCAUUUUCAUUGGUUUGAACAAACAGUUCAGUUGGUAAUUUUAGAAAUUCAUUGUCUUACUUAUUUUUUUGUUUAGCAUGAUUAAGAUAUUGUAUUCUUUAGAGUUUUGGGGGUUACAAAGAAGCAUGGUUUCCUCUUGGUUAAACCUUGAGACACUUUUACUCUUCAUUUGCACUUUUCAGACUCUCUACUGGUAUCAUGCAUGUGGAUCAGUGAUAGAAUUGAAGUAAUGGAUUAUAAAUUAAUAUAUUUAGUGGUAAAGUUUAGGAGUUCCUUAAUCACAAUUCUUCUUUGUAAGAGUUGAAUAUAUUGGAUUUUUCUUAUAAUGUUGUUUGGUAAUACGUAAUCUUUUUUUGAAUCAUUAUUUCAUGAGUUCUUUUUAUUUAUUUAUUUAUUUUUCAAUUUUUGUGCAGUUGGUUUCAUGGCAAAAUCACAAGAGCAAAAUCAGAAGAAUUGCUGAUGAAUCAGAAGCAUGAUGGAGCUUUUCUUAUCAGAGAAAGCGAAAGUACACCAGGUAAAGAAUCUCUUUUCCUGAGUGUGUGAUUUAUCCCAAUAAUCUUGCCUCCUUUUUAGCAUUUGGGUUUACAUGCUUGGAUUUCAGAUCUUUGUUACUCGACAAUAGCUUCAACCAUUCACCAAAGUAGAGGUGAAAAUUGGUGAAUAUGAAAAUAUCAACCACUUUCAAUGACACUGAGGUGGAUAAUUGUUUUAGCAUAUUCCAUACAGAUACCAAAAAAUUUGUUAUCUUCUUUUGAUGUACGGAAAAAUGAUUGGAAAUUAUACACUUCUGACACAUGAUUUUGUCUCAUUGGCUGCUUAGAGGUGGACAGUACUUGCUAUUCACUUUUGAACUAGCCAAUUGGCAUGCACAAAACGCUAUUCACCUGUGUGAUAUAUAAUAAAAUUAAUUAAUAGAGUAAGAUACUGGAUGGAUUAUAGCCAGCCAAAAUACAUACUAAGUUAACCUCUCCUCUCCCUGUAAUAUCUAUACAUUAUUCACCUAACCUGUAAUGAGAAUACUCAAACUUAUCACAUAGAAGUUGUUAUCUUCAUCUGACACCAAAUUCUUGAAACUAAUUUACCAGGAAAUGUGUAGCAGCUAAAGACUAAAUUAACAAUCAGGUCUUGGGAGUUGAAGACCAAAACAGAACUGAUUAUUCUGACAGCAAACAUCAGCAGAGCUAAUGCAAAUAUUUUGUUUCUUUUGAUUACAGGAGAUUUUUCAUUGUCUGUGAGGUGAGGGUGUGUUGUAAUUUAAUAUCUAAAUCAGUUCAUGUGUGUAAAUUAAAUUGAAUUUAUGUUCAAAAUAGUGUCAAGCACCAAACAGUGUUUAUAUUUACUUUUCCUCUAGAAGAACCUUGUUUACAAAAAAGGGUUCUUUAUUUUAUGGAAAAGCUCAGUUUUGAUUACAUGUUAGAUCACUGAUUUAAAAGAUGGUAUAGGGUUGUAAGGGUAAAAACAUAGAAAAUUCUGAAUGCUCCUUACAGGAGUUGAAUAUUAAUUGCAAACUUAUUUUUGUUAUUAAUAAAUUGUGCAAUUUUGUUUUCCUUUCCCCUUGAUACAGAUUUGGUGACGGUGUACAACACUUCAAAGUCUUGCGUGAUGGGGCUUGCAAGUACUUCUUGUGGGUUGUUAAGUUUAACUCAUUGAACCAGUUGGUUGAUUAUCAUCGCACAUCCUCAGUCAGCAGAUCACAAACUAUAUACCUAAGAGACAUGGCAGAUGAGGCUGCUGCACCGGUAAGAGUUACAUUAUGAUAACAGUUUAGUUACUGCAUUGGGAGCAAAUUUUGCUGGAGCUUAGUUUUAUUAGAGUUGAUUGAAAUAUCUGUUUUAAACAAGUGUUUGCACUGUUCUUUUGGUAGAUAGAUAUUUGCAGUGAGUUCAGAUAAAAAUAAUGCAACUUGACACUAGAUUUGUCAGUAAAGUUUGUUGUUUAAACUUAAGGAAGUAAAGUUGUUUGCUGGUUUCUUUCCAUUGGGACAUAUUUUUAUAUUUCAGGGACUAUUGAAUCUGCAAGAAUUAAACCCUGUAAUGUACUUAUAUUUUACUCUCAGGCAGUAGCUGCCAUUUUUCACUGAAUAAUUUGCUAAAUUCAUAUGCUCAUUUGAAUCGAAAUAUUCCCCCUCUAUUUGAACCUAGAGAUAUAAGAAAUACCUUACUAACCUUGUUUUCUCUGAACAUACUGUAAGUUGCAGAACCAUGUUUUUGCACUCAGAUUUAUGGCUGGUGCGCUUAGUGAUUGAGUCAUAAAUCCAGCUGGAAAAACUUGGUCUGUAACUAACAGUACAGAACUCAAACUGGGUUUGUAAGAGGUAUUUAUUACCACUUAAAAUUGCUUGGAAUUCUUGAAAAUUCAACAGGUAAAAGGAUUGCUCUUACUACUGGUUUGAAAAUUUAUUUUACCCGUUGCACUGAAGUAAGGGGCAACCUGGGCACUGUCUAAUUGUCAGGGAAACUUGAUAAGAUGAAAAAAAGGGAGGAAAAAAGGGGAAAUGGCUUGUUCAUUGUACAAACUGAUUUUACUGAUUUAAUACCAACAAAAGGUGAAUUUUUACUCUCAAAUAACAGUAUUUCUAAUUCCUAAUAUUUUUCAAUGAACAGGAGCAAGAUACAUAUGUCGCUGCUUAUGAAUUCCGACCAGAAGAAGAGGGAGAGUUGUACUUUAAACGUGGGGAUUCUAUAUUGGUUCUUGAUAAAGAAGAUGCUAAUUGGUGGAAAGGCAGAAACAUAGCAACUGGGAGUGAAGGGCUGUUCCCAGCUACUUAUGUGCAAAAGAAGUCUUAAAAUUCAAUUUUCACUCUGAAGAAGUAUGCCAUUUCAUAUGACUGUUAAUACAUUAAUCUGAGUGGUAUCAUUUGAUAUUUUGGAGUGAAAGUUUCUGAAAAUAGAAGCACUGAAAUUGCUGAAUUACCCACAAAAAAAAGCAACACAGGAAACUUGUAUUGAAUUUCUCUCUUUGUACAAUUUUUUUCUCUUCUGCUAAUACAAAACAAUAGUCAAAGAGUAUAUUUUAAACAGAUAGGUGAAAUACUGAAUGUUUUGUUUUCCUUUGUUAUAUCAAUUGAUUCAGGGGAUGCAGACAGCUGUGUACAUUUUUGCCAUUUAAUCAAACAAUAAUGAUUAUUAAUAAUAUGCAGUCUAGGUUAAGAGAGUAAAUUUUGCCCUUCCACUCCUCUCAAGAUGAUUACAUUUCUAAGCAGAAAGUUGAUGAGGAAAUCCUCAAGGCUAAAAUUUUGAGACAUGUGGUUCAAAGUUAGGGGAAUCAACAUUAAUAGGGUCUACAAAUCCUAGCCUGUUAACCCUUUAACCCCCAGAAGGUAUUAACAUAAAACUUCUUCCUACAAUAUCCAUACAUUCUUCAGUAAACAGGUAAUGAGAAUAUUCAAACUUAUUGGGUAGAAGCUGCUAUCUUGAUCUAGCACCAAGUUCUCAUGACUAAUUUACAAGGAAAUGUGUAGCAGCUACAGGGGAGAAUUAACAAUCAGAUCUUGGGAGUUUAAGGGUUAAGAGACUGUCAAGGCAAGGAUCAAUCAAAAAUGAGUGGGGAAGGGUAGGCUUACUCCCCUUUUCCUACCCUUCCCCCUCUUUGGCUGUUUGACAAACAGCCAGUUCCUUCUCAUCUCUUCCAACAGGAACCUGUUCAUAGGCUAGACAAUAACAUGCUCAUUAUGAUUGCAAACAUAGUUGAAUGUGACUUAAUGUUUAUAAUGAUAUUUUGAAGAAGAGAUACAACUUAAGUGGAGUAGAGCAUGAUUGUGUGGAUGCUGGUGUGAUGUCAAUGUUGUGUAAAGCUCUUUACUGAAUCAAAGAACACAAGUCUUUGCGGUGCAUCUAUUUCACUUCAUUAAAGAGUUUGGAUUUUAACACAUGCAUCUAACAUACCUCAUGAAAGAGCUAGGUCACUAAUUUGUACUGAUAAACAUAUCUUUUGAUUACUUUUACAACAUGUUGCAGGUCCAAUAUGCUUUUAACUGGGUUUGAAGAUCUGGGCCACUUUUUCAUGUUCUAAGUAAGACCUGCAUAUGUUAGGGUAUGGUUUUUUGGAGACAAUUGAUACCCAUAAGAGACCUAGAUUCCUCUUUGGCUGAGAAAGUUCUGUAAAUAAAAAAUCCUUGAUCUCUUGUAUUUUUAAAUUGUAAACGUAACUAAAUAAUUAAAUACCAGUCAUUGUAGUCACCCCUGUUAGGGGGUCGGGUGGGGGGGGGAUGUUUCUGUGGGCCAUCCUUUCCUGCUGUUCAUUUGAUUGCAAUUAUAUUCCUCUCUCUCACCACUGAUCUAAUCAAUUACUUUAUCUCCACAAAGCAUGGAAGAAGUUCCUCUAUGGAGGCUUGGGUCAUGUUUCUCCCAGCUUUACUAGCAAUAGAAUAAUCAAAAUUGCUUUUUGGGAGCUUAAUUUAAUAUAUAAUAUGUAUGUAUUCAAUCACUGCUAUUGUUUUUCGACAAGAAUUUAUGCAUUGUAGUUUUCCAGCAUGAAGUUGUAAUGAACAAGAUUGUAGUGGGUCUAAACUUGUCAGGAAUUGUUUGGGUGUCACCUAGAUUUAUUUUUCUCAGUUUUUGUUUACCGCACACGUCUUUUUUUUUUUUUUUUAAGAAUAAGGUCCUGUGAGAAAACUUAAGGGUUGAUAGAAUGCAUAUAAUGUAGAACUCCAUAUUUGUAAUAAGAUUUAAAUGAUUUACCACAAUAGAUACCUUUUUUAAUGGAAAUGCAUAUAGUCAUAAAGAAAUAAUUUUCUGGUAAAUGUUGUCAGGUGCCAUUUCAUUCCUACUUCUUCUACCUUGGGAGCAGGCUCGCAUUAUUAGCGCUUCGGAAAGAGCAUUUCUUCGGAACAAGUAUUUCUUGGGAACAAGCAUUUCUGCGCCCGCGGUAUGAGGCCUCAAGCAACGCAAGUCAAUGAGAAGUCUGUAAGGGGUCUAGCACUGAUAUUAGUCCCAUACCCCCAGCAAACUUCCUGACCAGUCUCAAAUCUUCCCGCGGUAAAGGAACGCGCGUCCCUCAUCAUCAAUAACUAAGGUCUCCUUGAAGGCUAUACUGAAUAUAUUUACCAUAGAAGCCGCAGUGCUUAUGUCAAGACCCUCUCUUAUUACAAAGAAAACAGAGAUAAAGUGAUAAUGGCUAACUGUACCACUAAUUGCUUUUGAAUAAGAGCUCGUUUCGAUUGAGUAUCGCGAAACAGAACCUAAGGUAGUCACAAAGGCCAAUCAGGACAAAGAUAAAAUUAACAGAUAGCCAAUUAAAUUUCAAAGAGCCGGUAAUUGUCUGAAGCGCUGAAAAACGUAUGUUGGUGACCAAGUUGCUUUUGCGACAACAGCAACUUGAAUGAUCGUUUGAAAGGGUGGCACAAGCUUUCCAUGUGAAUCCUGGAGAAAAAGAAAGCAAAGCCAGCACCAUCCCUAAUUUCCUCCGACACUCAUAAGAAAUUCGCUUUGUAAGAGCGGAUUUGUCUUUGCUGUGAUGGUUUUAAUAAUUUACGUCCUUUGAACCUCUCUUCCAAUGCACAGAAAUCGAAGGUUCUUUUGAGGGUGCGAGUGGAAGAGAAGAUCCUGGGUACGAAUUUGAGCACGUGCUAUUUUCCAAGAAGUCAUUAUGACGUCAUUUUCUGCGAGAUAGACAAAAACCCAAAGGAUGAAGAGUCGAUGUAGAAGGCGACUGGUAGCACUUUUUACUUGCUUUCUUGGCCUCUUGCUAAUCUUCCCUUGUACUGGUUUAAAAUCUAAACGCAAGAAAUUGGUAAGUGUAUUACGAACAAUUUGAAGAUGCAUUGGAUGAUACAGCUAUACUCUUUCAAAGUCCGAUAUUGUGGCAGAUCAUUCUUGUGAGGUCAAAGCAGGACAGUCAGUUGUAUAGCUAACGAAAAUUAAAGUAUUAUUGCCGCGCAAAUCCCAAGUGAAACGCAUAAAAACCAAACAAUGAUCCAGAAUUGCAUUCGCUUGGCUUAACAACAUCCUAAGAUUUGUUAAAAAGCUGGCGCAAUUUUCUCGACCAAUCACAAAGCUUGAGCCAAUCACGACUUUGUCGCUACUAGCGCAUUUCCGCGAUCAAGGAAAUUUACAAAAUGCGUAUCUUUUAAGUUCUUAUGAGCUCUUGGUUGAAUUUUUCUUUUUGUAUGUGAUAAGCCACUGUGGUUACUCCAUUUUGCUAAAAAAGCGCUCUUAUCGGACGCCUGAAACAACAAAACAACCGCACUAUUGUAUUGAUAUUCAAGCUACGUACCCUUUGUCGACGGGCAACUAUCACACAAACAACUAAUAAGCGACACAAAACCACACGAAACACAAAAUCGUUAUCUAAACAAUUGAUCGAAAAAACGGAAAGAAAAUUUUUUAAACAAUAAAGCGAUAACUAAACUUAAUGCAUUACUUCUGACUUUUGAUCAGCAGCGACGCUCAAUAUCGGAAAACAUCAAAAGUUGCAAACAUUGGAAGUUCGAGACCACAGAAGACCCACACUUUGCCGAUAUCAGUGUGAAGCUACAUAAUGCGGUGAGGAAUAAUUCCGAGUAUCAAGGAGGUCUGCAAACCCAUCCCAAUUUUCAAAUACCAUACGCUAAUUUACAAAUAUCAGGAAAAUGUUGACCCUGAUUAACGCCCCUCCCUCCCUCCCACGGAUUUUUAAUUUCUACCGAAAAUUUGAAUGUCACAUCGCAACAGUUUCCUACACAAGAUAUAGAAGACUUGAUAUAAAACUUGUUUCAUUUGCUUUACGUUUAAAAUCGACCAGCAAAUCACGCAAUAUAUCUUACCAUAAACUUAUCUGUCGCUCUUAACCAGGCUCCUUCGACGAAAAAGAUGUCUGUAGCCUUACAAUGUGCGGCAAUGAAAAAACUACAGGAGCCGAAGUCAGCCUUUACGGUUCCAGCGGUAAGAUUCCCACGGUUUUAUUGCUUUUUUCCGGGAAAAAACUAAAUUCAGUAUUUUUUCGCUGUUAGCUACCGCUUCUUCCCUAUUGGCACUUGACCCUUUACACCCAAACAUCAUCAUGCAUAUUCAACAUAGUAUUCUCUAUACAUUUCCUGAGGUGCUUACGAGGAGAAUUUGUUCAACAAUCAAGAGCGUCUUUAGUUGGUGAUCAUUUUCUUUAUUCCUGUGACCUUACUGUUUGAUGCAGGGGUGAUAUUGUAAAGAGAUAUUAGAUGCCAGUCACUCUAAGGGGUCAAAGCGUUAAGAUGUAAAGUUCAUUUACUGACGUGGAUUUAAAAGAAAGUGAAUUGUUUGUUUUGACCUUUAAGGGCCUUGGUCCAACUUUCCCGUAAUAAUAAGCUAUAAUUAUCAGCCGUGACGUGGCAGUAGCCUAUUGGCCUACUCUCUGGUUGGGAGGGGACUGGACUCCCAUGCUCUUUACUCUUUCCUUUCGAAGAAAUAUGUGGGUGCCGGCGGUGGCAAUAAAUGGUUAGGAAAACUGACCAUGGUGUCGUGAGUAUAGGACGCAGCAUACAGUACAUUUCAUAGACUAUGUGCCAUCUUCAUGGCUAAAGUCAUGGGGUCUGCCCCGCAGCAAGACAAAAAAAAGACUUUAUGUAAUUCGAAGCCCGAGCAGCGCAAUCUGCGCUCGAAGAGCUUGCGAUUUUUGCAGUCCUUGCUGCGAUCCUGGCUUAGUAUAAAAAAUAUCUUUCGUUUUCAAAUUUCAAGCAACAACUUUUCUCUUCCUCUCUCCCCUUUGUAUUAUUUUCGUAUUCACGCGCGGCGCGCGUGAUUUCACAAAUUAGCCAAUCACUUCAACUCCAACCUUGACAUUGGAAAACUGGCGAGGACAUUUUUCGCUUACUUUUCAUUUUGUUUUCGCGGAGUUUUAGUCAGUUGUUUUUUGAGCUUUCGUUUGCACAAAAUAGUUACCCUUUUGUUCGAAAUUUUAUGAAGUUUCGGAGUUCUUAUUUUAGCCAAAUGCUGUGGUUCAUUUAACAAGUGUAAUACAUAUUUUCUACGGAGAUUGGACUUAAGCCUCUUCUUUCGUAAAUAGAUUUUUUACACUUAGCCUGACAAAGAGACCAGUCUCUUCUAAAAAAAACUUCCAAUCUUUUGAUCCACGAGCCUGUAAGCAAAAAAAGCAGUCCUGAACGUUGUAAUAACGUUUUAUUCAUUUCACAGCGCCAGACACACCGUUUUGCCUUUAGGAUCGCUGUUGCAUCUAAGUACCACCACAAGGACCGAACCGUGCAUAAACAUACAUGUAAACUGUCUACAUGGACUAAUGAUGAACACAGUCUUGUCACUUGCGAAAUAAAAGUCAGCGUUUGGCCAAAUGGGAUGUUUUACUACAAAUGCUCAUCGUGUAAGUGCGUAGAAAUGCUCUGUAAUCUCUAAUUGAUAAAAAAUUAGUCAACGCAUUUCAAAAAUUGCGGCAGUUGUCUGGUCGUUACCCUCAGACUGGGCUGUUUUAACACAAAAUACGACCACAAGUCAGAGUGUCGCGCUCUCUGAAAGAGACUGAAACCAGCAACCUCCCGCGCACGUCUUCAAGCUGAAUGACGUGGAUUGUGUAUUUUAUCUUCCUGUUGAAGAGACAAGACAAAGUAAAAGUCGAAACUAAGAUUCUGAAAAAAAAUCGACGAAAACCCGCAUUAUCUAGCCCCCCCCGCCCCUCCCUCCGGGAUCUAAGCCUGUUAGAUUUCGUUUCGUGUCCUGACAUUUUCCCUUCGAACUCAGCCCCAGUGCUUGCGUCCUCAACCGUGGUCAAAGAAGCACGUCCUGCGCCCUCACAUCUCAUUAGUAAAUCAACCUAUGUAUCAAAAAUUAUUCACCUAAAGGAGGGAUUCUUAAGUUAAUUAACUUGAAUAAAUCAUAAUUAUUCUUAUUUUUAAGGACUGACGGUCAGUAUUCAUUGUAUUCCUCAGUAUGCGACCAUUUUGAUAUCGUCAGUUAUAAAUUCGCAGGUGUGAGCCUUACUAAAAUCUAAUUUUGUUUAUACCUUUUAUCGGCAUGUUUAGACCAACAGGGACAGCUGACAGUUUCACAAUCAACUUCUUUGAAAGCACGAAAGAUGAAUUUUCAUAAUAAUGGGGAGGUUGGUGGUAAAUUUUACACUGAUCGUUGAGUUACUAAUUCAUGUAGUUGUAGAGAAAACUCACCAUCUCUCUUAUUCAAUUUACAAUCAUGUGGUUAUGUUGUGGUUAUGUUAUAAUCGUUUUACGGGUUUUGAAAUCAAUGUUCUCUUCUUUCCUCGCUAUUAGUCUUCUAUCCUGCUUAUAAAUUCGACUUGCAAGCCAGUGGCACUGACUCUACAACUAAUCGACAUGUACAAGCAGCUUGACAAAGGAAAGAGUUGGACUCUCGAACUGCCAUUAUCUUGGUAAGUUAAGACUCAAGAGUGUUUUAAUUAAUCCUUAAAGUUAUUCCUCUGAAAAUAAAAACCUGCAACUUUCACUCGUGAAAGUGUAAAAAAUUUUACCUAAAAUGAAGAUGUUGAGUUCAAACUCUGUUAGAUACCAUCUCCUCACUAAACGAGCACGAGGGCUGUACUGGUAAAUAAGGGCCCGAGAGGGGUCGUGGCCGAGUGCGGACUGAGCACCGCGAGGUUCGUUAAUUUAUGGCCAAGGGCCAAUAUUCUACAUUACGGCUCUAGCAUAAUAAGAUGUUAAGUAAUAUCAUCCCAAAUGUUACGGAGAAAAAACCCCAGAAAAUUUGAACGUAAGCAAACUAUUCUUUUCCAAAUAGUUCAGGAGCAACGAGUCUGAAUUACCGGGGAAAGUGCUCAGUUAAAAUAUACCACGUCUGUCGCGAAGUCAAAUCUCAAGUGGAUAAAAAAGUGUUUGACUUGAAGGAUGGUGAAAUCGACGAAUGUGAACACGCCAAGACCAUGCUGGGUAAAUUUGCCGUGAGUAGUUUUGCUGCAUCUUUUGGAGUCAACGAUGACUGGUCUGCGGCUCUGGCUCUCACCACAAUAAUAGAGUUGGUUUUGAUCUUAACAACUCUCGUCAUCAAGGUAUCAUAAUAAUCGAUUAUUGUGUGUUGUCUCUCGCAAAGAUAAAAAAAAAUUCAGUAUUUGUCUCUUGCCAGAAUGAAGGAAAAAAUGCUAAAACAACAAUGUUCCUGAUGAUUGUACAAAAUUCUUUUCAGGUCAUUGUCGUCGGGCUUCAAAAAGGCUGGGACUCAUCAAGAGAGGAAUUUUUUUAUCGCUUUUUCAAAGCCGUGAGAAUAACUCACAGUGAUUCAACGUACAAGAUCAAG